GCUGAAAUGUAGGAGUUUGAGUGGAAAGUAUGUGGAGCGCUUAUGGAGGAUCAUGCAAUGCCUCUCUCCACUCACUUCCUCACAUUAACUACUAUUUCAAUUACUCUAUUUUUCUCUAAUAUUUAACCUAACUCAAUAUAUAUACUCUACUCACAUCUCUUCCUCUAUAUGUGUCUCUCUAUUUGAGGAGUUAAUUUGGAACAAGAAACAAGAGAUAAAGAAAACAAAUUAAAAAAAAUGUCGUGGCAAACUUACGUUGACGAUCAUUUGAUGUGCGACAUCGAGGGCCAGGCUGGCCUCCGCCUCGCCUCCGCCGCCAUCAUGGGACACGACGGCUCCGUUUGGGCUCAGAGCUCCGCCUUCCCUCAGUUGAAGCCCGAUGAGAUAACGGGCAUAGUGACGGACUUCAACGAGCCGGGGUAUCUGGCCCCGACAGGGCUAUUCGUUGCCGGAGCAAAGUACAUGGUCAUCCAAGGAGAGCCUAAUGCUGUCAUUCGUGGCAAGAAGGGGUCUGGGGGAAUAACAAUAAAGAAAACUGGACAAGCAUUUGUUUUUGGGCUGUACGAGGAGCCAGUGACACCUGGACAGUGCAACAUGGUUGUUGAAAGGCUUGCUGAUUAUCUCAUUGACCAGGGCCUCUAGAUCAU